GAAAGUAUGUUGAACGUCUUCGUGGUGCUGACAGGAACAUGGAGAUAUUCACAUGUCCUACAUGUCGCUCAGAGUUUACGCUCAAAUCAAACCAAGAUGUUGCUGAACUGCCAUGCAGUUAUUUCAUUAAGAAUAUGCUGGAAAUUAUGGCAAUUCAACGAAAAGCAAAAACAUCUACUGCAUGCUCACGCUGCCAAGAUCCUGCCAUUAAUCACUGCGCAUCAUGUGAAAUAUUUCUGUGUAAGAAAUGUUCAGAGUUGCAUGAUAGCUGGCCUGCCAACAAAAACCAUAAUGUGUUAUCGCUACAGGAAGUGAGCAAUCCUGAGCGUGAAGUCGAAAUGAGAAGCAAGCUUUACUGUAUGAAACAUAAAGACAAAGUACUUGAAAUAUAUUGUGAAACAUGCAAGGAACUUUGUUGUAUGCUUUGCCUGUUGUUAAAUCACCAGAAACAAAACCACUCGUGUGUGGCAGUUUGUGAGGUCGCACAGAAGCAAAGAGAAACAUUGCAAUCAAGGUGCUCAACAUUUGAUGAGAAAUUAUCUGAAGGAAAGAAAGCAUUAAGCAACAUUUCUAAGGUUAUGGAUGCUCUUGAAAAGAAUGUUAAAACUGCUAAAGAUCAAAUCAAAGAACAAAAGGUUAUCUUGAAGAUUGUGGCAGAAAAACUUGAUGAGAGAGCAGAGAAAAUGAAUGAGGAAGUGGACAAGAUUUAUGGUGAAUUACACAGUGAACUGAGCAAACAACAUGAUGAAAUGAAAGAUUAUCUUGAUGAAGUCCAAGCUUCAGUGUCCCUACCAAGAAAUCUCCUAAAGAGAGGAAGUAUUGAAGAAAUUCUUUCAUCACAAAAAUUGAUUGAUGGGAAAAUUGAGAAAUUGGGAAAUGAACGGCCGGAGAAUCUGACCGCAGUGAAUGAUGGUAGUAUUCAGUAUGUACCUGACAACAUUGGUAAUAUCAAUGUUGAUGAAAUUGUUGGCAAAUUGGGAUAUGUACAUGUAGCAGGUAUGUUAUUGUAG